UCAUAAAUUUAGCUUCGCUAGUCUUAGAUUUCUGCCACUCUUUUGCUACUAACUUCAGUUUUUCCCUUUUGAGUUCUCUAUGGAAAAAUCUGAAAUUAUUGAAGGGAAAGUGAACUGGAAAGGAGAAGCAGCUCGGAAAGGCGAGCAUGGAGGAUUUCAGCCUUCUGUAUUGAUCUUAGGUGCAUUCGCUUUUGAGAGCAUGGCAACGCUGGCCGUGGCAGUUAACCUCAUGACAUACUUUACGGGAGUGAUGCGCUUCAAUGUCGCCGACUCAGCUAACCAGCUGACGAACUUAUUGGGCACCUCCUACAUACUUACCAUCCUCGCCGCCUUCCUCGCAGACGCCUAUGUUGGCAGGUUUCGUGCAGUUAUUUUCGGAGCAUCCAUUGAGCUCCUGGGAUUCGGGCUGCUGUCGCUGCACGCGCACUAUUCAACAGUCAAGACAAGCGGAUCCAGCGCCGUGCACCUAUUUGCAGCUCUUUACUUGGUCGCCUUUGGCUCUGCCGGAGUGAAAGCUGCUCUGCCUUCGCACGGCGCAGAUCAGUUUGACGACAAGGACCCGAAGGAGGCAGAGCAGAAGUCGAGCUUCUUCAACUGGCUUCUCCUGGCGGUGUGUGUUGGAGGCGUCGUUAGUCUAACGUUCGUCGUGUGGAUCCAAGUUAAUCGAGGAUGGGAUUGGGGCUUUGCUGUUAGCACCUUCGCUAUGAUCUUUGCGGUGAUAAUACUCGCGGCCGGAUUGCCACGGUAUAGAAUCCAUGUUAUCGAUGGUAGCAGCGCCCUCACCGAAAUUGUACAGGUAUUCGUCGCAGCUAUCCGGAACAGAAAGCUUCAACUUCCGGUGAACUCCAAGGAGCUCUUUGAGAUCAAGGAAGGGACCGUAGCUUCUCCUGAUGUCGAAUUUCUACCUCACACUGAUGAUUUCAGGUUCUUGGACAAAGCGGCAAUUCAGACAUCUUUAACGGAUGAUGUCUCGAGUCCGUGGAAGCUCUGUAGAGUGACACAAGUCGAGAACGCCAAGAUCUUACUGAACAUACUCCCGAUUUUCUGCUGCUCCAUUGUCAUGACUCUUUGCUUGGCUCAGCUGCAGACAUUCUCGAUCCAGCAGGGAGUGACGAUGGACACGAGCAUCACCGAUCAUUUCAAGAUACCGCCCGCGUCGCUCCCCAUAAUUCCGGUCACUUUUCUCAUUGUCAUUGUUCCGAUAUACGACCGGGCUUUUGUCCCGUUUGCACGAAGACUCACCGGGAUCCCCACAGGGAUCACAUACCUGCAACGCGUGGGAGUCGGGCUGAUCCUCUCAUCUCUGUCCAUGGCUGUGGCUGCAGUCGUUGAAGUAAAGCGCAAGCGCGUCGCGAAAGACCACGGCAUGAUUGACGCGCCGACGCUGCCGCUCCCGAUAAGUGUGUUCUGGCUAUCGUUCCAGUUCUUCAUAUUUGGGAUUGCAGACAUGUUCACUUAUGUUGGGCUGCUCGAAUUCUUCUAUUCCCAAAUGCCGAAGGAUAUCAAGUCCCUCUCCAGCUGCUUCCUCUGGAGCUCCAUGGCGUUGGGAUACUUCCUCAGCACCAUCAUCGUCAAUGUAGUGAAUCGAGCAACCGAAGACAUUACGAGGAGCCGGGGAUGGCUGAAUGGAAACAACAUCAACAGGGGUCAUCUGAACUUGUUCUAUUGGCUGCUGUCUGUAUUGAGUUUGUUCAAUUUCUUCGUCUAUCUUAUGGUUUCUAGAAGGUACAAAUACAGGAAAGACAUCAAUGGAGCUGCCUCUGCAACUGCAAGGGAGGGCCGUGUGUAAGAACUAAAGCAAGCUUAGAUGCACCAUUGUGAACAUGUUUUUCUAUUAUCACCUGUAUUUAAAUUCCUUUUCUUGGAUAAAAAGAACAUGUUUCUAGACAUUUUAAGUGUACACUUUCGAUUUCGAUGAAUUCCUGAUUCGGGCAGCAGAAUCUCUUCUCAUAAUUCACAAAUCUUUAUCAUCAAUGGAGAUUUUCCUUCCCACUCUGGAAAACACCAAUUAGGUUACCCUCGUUGAUCAAUAGCUUUGUACGUGAAAAUCAAUCAACGUUGUAAUGAAGUUAUAGAAACUCUUAAAUAGCCUCUGAAUGUUCUUGAUCAUGACUUGCAAAUUUCUACGUUGAGACAAAUCU